AGACACCAAACCUCAGCAGAGGAGAAUCCUGAACAUCUCCAUACACUGAGACAACAUGGAUCCAAGAGCCUCCUUCUCCAUUCUGAUGCUGCUGGUUGGCUUCUCCCAGGCAGUUUUUCUACCGGAGCAGAAGCUUGCAGAUCUGUUAGUAACACAGCAAGAAAAUGUGGACCUCACUACAAAGAUUUUAGAGACCAACAAUGGAUCUGCUGAAAUCUUGCUUGAAGGAGAUCUGGUGUUUCCCAAAACCAGAAAUGCUCUCUACUGCUUAAACAACAACUGUUUCUGGAAGAAAAAUGCCAACAAUCUAGUUGAGGUCCCUUACAUAGUGAGCAGUGAAUACACAUAUUAUGAGAAGAGUACUAUCCAGAGCGCCAUGUCGUCCUUCGCCAGCAAAACCUGCAUCCGCUUUGUGCCCAGAUCAUCUCAGAUCGACUACAUCAGUAUUGAGAACCUAGAUGGGUGUUACUCGUCUCUUGGUAGAACAGGUGGCAAACAGGUGGUCUCCCUCAAAAGGGGCGGUUGUGUGUACCAUGGCAUCGUUGAACAUGAGCUCAAUCACGCCCUGGGCUUCUACCACGAGCACACCAGGAGUGAUCGUGACCAGUACGUCAGGAUCAACUGGCAAAACAUCUCUCCUGAUAUGGCCUACAACUUCCAGAAACAGAACACCAACAAUCAAAACACUCCAUACGACUACAGCUCCGUCAUGCACUAUGGAAAAACGGCCUUCGCCACCCAAUAUGGGCAGGAAACCAUCACUCCCAUUCCUGAUGCGUCUGUGCAAAUUGGACAGAGACAGGAGCUGUCUAACAUCGACAUCCUGAGGAUCAACAAACUGUAUGGAUGCUGAAGCUGAGGCUUAUGUACACGUGAUGUUACUGAUCAUUCAAUAUAGUGUAUGUGUCUGUAGAUGUUAUCAUGAGGAAAUGAAGUGAUGAUCUUUGUCAUUCGAUGAUGUUGGAUUUAUGUUUGAUUGUUUUGGGUUAAA